GAGGAACAAAUGACGUGGAGGUCCCCUUCACUUCCUGAAAAAUUGUGCUUAGCAGAAAAAGUUAUGUGAAAAAGACGAGACAGCCUCAAUCUCUAGAGUCGGGGGCGGGGGGCUGAGGAAUGGAUGAUUUCUGAAUAGCUGCAUGAAGAGUGUUCCACUCUGGAUGAGAUGGCGUGGCAGUGAGGUUGUUGACCCGGGCUAUGGACGUGCUUUGUCUCCGCGGUCUCCAAGUAUCCCCCGUGAGAGACUUUGAUCGUAAAGUGGAGAUCAGAGCGGAGAAACAUGAGCAGCUACGAAGACGCACGAACGUGACGUCAUGCCGGAUCCCCGCUAGAGACGGCGACGCGGCGCUGCUGAAACACACGCUGAAGAACAAGAGGCAAGUGGAGUUCAUGAGGAGGAGGUCGCUGCCUCCGCUGCCCAUCACCCGAGAAAGCUAUUGGUUCUCGAGCAUCUCCGCCCGCUAUUCUUCUUCUUUUUCUUCCCCGUGGAGCACGUCAGAGUGGAUUAGCCGACGGAGGAGCCUCUGUGACGGCGGCGGCGAGGACGCGGGCCACUCUCUGAUCCCUGUUUUUCCAUCGAGGGACCCAAGUCCUCAAUCAAUCAAGAUUUCAACACGGGUUGCCAGCUCAUCCACAAAGGUGAUGAUGAAGAUGAUGGUACAGGACGAAGCCUGCGUGGACGUGACCAAGGGGGAAAAGAGCGCACAUGAAAUAGACAGUGUCAAAGAUGCUGCACACACUCCCCAACAAAAGAUGAGAGAAGCCAGUGUCCAGACAGAUUCAGGCCUUGUGACCAUCAAAGAAUCAGAUAUUCUGCAGUUACAGGACUACAUGCAGGAGGGCUUGUGGAGGGAAAAGGCCAUCAAGAAGAAAGUCGCAGCACUGCAGGACUGUUGCAUCCAGCUGCAGAAUGCCUUAAACGCGGUAUGGAUGGCUCGCUGCAGUGAAGACGUGCUGAGAAACAACAUUAAGCUUCUGGAGACACAGCUGCAAGCAUGCCUGCAGAGGUUUCCGAAGGAAGCGUCGAGGAAACUGGCGCUCCAAAUGAAGAAGCAGAAAGUGACCUUUGAAGAAAAGAUUCAGAAAGUCAUCCAGGAGCAAAAUGAGGACCUCAGCAAAACUGUCACACUUGUGUCUUUUAAGAAUCCAGACAUUCAGUCCCAGGAAGCGCUGAUUACCGCAAAAACGGACGUCUCGAGGCUGGAGAGCCUUUACGAGGAGCUUAAUCUCACAAGUCAAAAACUCCGGCAGGAGCUGGAAGUCAGUGGGAAACGUGCACGAGAGCAGGAAGCACAGAUUGAGCUGUCCAAAGGCAGAGAAGCCAUGCUGACCGAGGAACUGGUGUCACUGAGAAAAGAGAAGAAUGAGCUGCUGUUCUACAAAAGCCUGCAGGAGGAAUAUUAUCCAUUUGUGAAGGACCAAAAGCAGAAAUUAAGCGAUGGCAGCGUCGAGAGACGAGACGUGAGAAGGAGAAGGAGACGUGAGAAGGAGAAGGAGAUUACGACACAUGACAUAGAGCAUGUUAAGUUUGCCCAAAACUAAACUUGUCUGUCAAUAUGACUGACUGCACAGUGUGAGGCCCUGCAGACUGAGCUGCACACCAUGGAGCAAGAGUUUCAGUCCAGUCGGAUUCGACUGUCGCAGUGUAGAGAAGAACUUGGGCAACUCGGACGCCAUCGCAACAAAGCAGCGAGGCAGGACAGCCGUUGGAGACCGUGCGUGUUCCUUGCUCUUCUGUUGAUGCUGCUGGUGUGGGCUGUGAUGGGAGUUGCCAUAUUGCAGCCGUGGCAUCCGCAUUUUGGAGCGAAACUAGAAGACUUCUACUGGGACAUAAAGAGACGAAUCGAGAAUUAUUUCAUGCAAAUGGACUCGGGCUGUUUAAGGCCAGUGUGACCGUGCAACAUUUGGAGGAUCCUUGUCCUUCGGUUUUCAAAUGUGAAAUGUUUGAAUGUUUUCGUGUUGUUGAUAUUUUCGAGACAUUUUAUGUGUGUGAUGUUAAAAAAUAUAUUUAGUUUUUACAAUGAAAAUGUAGUUCUGAUGACUUUUUUCCAAUAUAUUUUUGAAGUCUCGAUGACAGCUAGACCGCACAUAGCAAAAAUCUAUACAUAAUCGAUGGCUAUUAUUCAUUCAUUAAAAAAAUGUCUAUUUUUA